AUGAAACCUGAACAUCAAGCAGCAUCCGGUCUAGACAGCUUCCCAGCAGAAAUAUUGUACUUGGUGGUCCAGUUACUAUCCUCUGCUGAACGCCAUGCGCUAUGUCUUGUCAAUAAAAGAUUCCGCAUAAUUGCUGAGCCGUUCCUCUACGCCCAGAUUCAAUGGACAUGGACAAACUCUCAGAACCCCCCGGUCGCUCAGUUUUUGCGAAGUAUUGUGCGCAGGCCCGAGCUGGCUAGUUUUGUCCAUGUUUUGAUCCUUAAUGGGGAUAGUUUCGACCUUAGCUGGCAUAACUAUAAACAGAAAAGUCCCAAACUCCCAGUCACUGAAGUGGUCUUAGAUGGGCUAGAGAAAUGCAUCAAAAAGAUCCGCAUUCCAUAUGCUGAACAAUGGAUCCAAGAGUUGCGCGCCGGAACAAUGGAUGCAUUUAUCACACUUUUAUUAUCACAGCUCCCUAGCCUGAGACGUCUCUAUCUAGGCAAGAAUUUUGCCCGAGAGAGCCGCCUCAUGGGCAUGAUGCUCCGCUCGGCCCUCUGUGAGGAGUUCCCAAAUAGCCAUCUUCCUUCCUUUACACAUCUCCAAGAUGUGUCAGCUGUGUAUCCUGACCUUGGUCUCAACAUUCGCAAAUACACAGAUGUCAGGAACACGGCAGACGCCCUCCCCCUCUUUUACUUGCCUUCGGUUGAACGGAUAAAGGCUCUCAUCGAUAACCCUGCUACUUUCAUUUGGCCUGGGAAAUAUCUGCCAAAUCCAUCGAGACUCGCAUCGCUCGACUUGACGAUGUUGCGCGAAGGGCAUCUUGGUCAAGUGUUAUCAGUGACCCAAGGGCUCCGGAAGCUUCAAUGGGAUUGGUACUACCGCCCAGAUCUUGAAGAUCAUUUUGUCACGGAUAUUAUUGAUUUAGACCAAAUCGCCGCGGAUCUAUCUCAUGUUCAAGAGACUCUGACAGACUUGACUAUUACAGCAGGGUCAGACGUCUCACAAGCGGACCCUGAACUCCCGGAGGUCACAUUCCGCGGGUCUUUUAAAACUUUUAGCGGACUCCAUAUGCUGAAAAAUUUGGAAGUUCCAAUUGCAUUUCUGCUUGGAUUUUCUCCAUCAACGCCAAAUGUAGUUGGCCUAGAGGAAGCACUUCCAGAAAGCAUUGAAUGGCUGACCAUCACUGACGAUCUAUGUCUCCAGCGUGAAUGGGAAUGGUUCGAGAUUGAAUACCUAUUGAGGGCUGUUCGAUCAUGGCUACAAGACUGGAAGAGAUUCACGCCUCGCCUCCGAGGAUUUGGUCUGUUGUCGAGGAUACACGAAAUGGUGGAAGACAGGGAGUUGAUUGAAGGGCUCAGAGACAUAGGUUCCCAGGCAGGAAUUCAGUUUCAAAUAAUAAAAAACGAACUGAAGUGA